AUGAUUCAUGCACCAAAGAUUUGGAGGCACUAUUUUUAUGGCAUUAAUGUUGAUAUCUAUACGAAUCAUAAGAGCCUUCAUUAUGACUUCAAGGAAAAGGAAUUGAAUUUACGUCAGAGGCAAUGGUUGGAGAUACUAAGUGACUAUGAUGUUGAUAUUUUAUACCAUCCAGGGAAGGCGAAUGUAGUAGCCGACGCCUUCAGCUAUAGUUCUAUGGACACGACAAUAUCCUCUUUAGUAACUGAAGUGAAGGAACGCCAAUAUGAGGAUCAUGUGCUAGCUCAUUACAGAGAUAUAGCCCCUCAAAACGAGAAGACACCAUUUGAGAUUACAGAAGAUGGAGUCCUCAAAUAUCGAAGUCGAUUAGGUGCUCCUGAUGUGGUAGGGUUGCGCCAGUAG